AUGGGGUUCCACUUAGCUCUGACCUGGAUCCUCCUGCUUGGGACACUGGCUUCUUUGGGAGCUCAGAACUCUAUUUCUUGGGAGGUACAGCGAUUUGAUGGAUGGUAUAAUAACCUCAUGGAGCACAGAUGGGGCAGCAAAGGCUCUCGGCUGCAGCGCCUUGUGCCAGCCAGCUACGCAGAUGGUGUCUACCAGCCCUUGAGAGAACCCUACCUGCCUAACCCCCGACACCUUAGCAACAGAGUCAUGAGAGGUUCUGCAGGGCAGCCAUCUCUUCGGAACCGUACAGUCCUGGGCGUCUUCUUUGGCUACCACGUGCUCUCAGACCUGGUGAGUGUGGAAACACCAGGCUGCCCCGCAGAGUUCCUCAACAUUUACAUCCCGCNUGGGGACCCGGUGUUCGACCCUGACAAGCGCGGGAACGUGGUGCUGCCCUUUCAGAGGAGCCGCUGGGACCCCAAGACCGGACAGAGCCCCAGCAACCCCCGGGACCAGAGCAACCAGGUGACCGGCUGGCUGGAUGGCAGCGCCAUCUAUGGCUCCUCUCAUUCCUGGAGUGACACUCUGAGGAGCUUCUCUGGAGGACAGCUGGCUUCUGGGCCUGACCCUGCUUUCCCGCGGAACUCCCAGAGCUCUCUGCUCAUGUGGAUGGCGCCAGACCCCUCCACGGGGCAGGGAGGGCCACAGGGGGUGUAUGCCUUCGGGGCUCAGCGCGGGAACAGGGAACCCUUUCUGCAGGCUCUGGGCUUGUUGUGGUUUCGCUACCACAACCUGUGUGCCAGGAAGCUGGCUCAGGAGCAUCCGCACUGGGGGGAUGAGGAGCUGUUCCAGCAUGCCCGCAAGAGGGUCAUUGCCACCUACCAGAACAUUGCGAUGUAUGAGUGGCUGCCCAGCUUCCUGAAGCAAACACCUCCAGAGUAUCCAGGGUACCAUCCAUUUUUGGACCCCAGCAUCUCCCCGGAGUUUGUGGUGGCCUCUGAGCAGUUCCUCUCCACCAUGGUGCCCCCUGGGGUCUACAUGAGGAAUGCCAGUUGCCACUUCCAGGGGAUUUCCAGUCAAAACUCAAGUGUCUCUGGAGCUCUCCGGGUCUGCAACAGCUACUGGAGUCGAGAGCACCCCAAGCUACAAAGGGCUGAAGAUGUGGAUGCGCUGCUGCUGGGCAUGGCCUCCCAGAUUGCUGAGAGAGAGGACCAUGUGGUGGUUGAGGACCUGCAAGAUUUCUGGCCAGGGCCACUGAAGUUUUCCCGUACAGACUACCUGGCCAGCUGCCUGCAGAGGGGCCGGGAUCUGGGCCUGCCUUCUUACACCAAAGCCAGGGAAGCACUGGGCCUGUCUCCCAUUUCCCACUGGCAGGACAUCAACCCUGCACUCUCCAGGAACAAUGGCACUGUGCUGGAGGCCACAGCUGCCCUGUACAAUCAGGACCUGUCUCGGCUGGAGCUACUCCCAGGGGGGCUUCUGGAGAGCCAUGGAGACCCCGGACCCCUUUUCAGCACUAUUGUCCUUGACCAGUUUGUCAGGCUACGAGAUGGUGACCGUUACUGGUUUGAAAACAGCAGGAAUGGAUUGUUUUCUAAGGAAGAGAUCGCAGAGAUCCGAAACACUUCCCUACGGGACAUUCUAGUGGCUGUCACCAAUGUGGACCCCAGUGCCCUACAGCCCAGUGUCUUCUUUUGGCUUGCAGGAGACCCCUGUCCACAGCCAAGUCAGCUCAGCACCAAGGGCCUGCCAGCCUGUGCCCCCCUCUUCAUUCGGGACUAUUUCGAGGGGAGUGGAUUUGGCUUCGGACUCACCAUUGGGACCCUCUGCUGUUUCCCCUUAGUCAGCCUCCUCAGUGCCUGGAUUGUUGCCCGGCUUCGGAUGAGGAAUUUCAAGAGGCUCCAGAGACAAGACCGCCAGAGCAUCAUGUCGGAGAAGCUUGUAGGGGGAGUGCAAGCUUUGGAGUGGCAGGGCCGCAAUGAACCCUGCAGGCCGGUGCUUGUGCACUUACAGCCGGGACAGAUCCGAGUAGUGGAUGGCAGGCUCACCGUGCUCCGGACCAUCCAGCUGCGGCCCCCACAGCAGGUCAACCUCAUCCUGUCCAGCAACCGUGGACGCCGCACCCUGCUGCUCAAGAUCCCCAAGGAGUAUGACCUGGUGCUGUUGUUUAACGUGGAGGAGGAACGGCAGGCACUGGUGGAAAACAUCAGGGGAGCUCUGAAGGAGAAUGGGCUGAGUUUCCAGGAGUGGGAACUGAGGGAGCAGGAGCUGAUGAGGGCAGCGGUGACCAGGCAACAACGGGGCCACCUCCUGGAGACUUUCUUCAGGCACCUUUUCUCCCAGGUGCUGGACAUCAACCAGGCUGAUGCAGGGACUCUACCCCUGGACUCCUCAACGAAAGUGCGAGAGGCCCUGACCUGUGAGCUGAGCAGAGCUGAGUUUGCGGACUCCCUAGGCCUCAAGCCCCAGGACAUGUUUGUGGAGUCCAUGUUUUCUCUGGCCGACAAGGAUGGCAAUGGCUACCUGUCCUUCCGGGAGUUCCUGGACAUCCUGGUGGUCUUCAUGAAAGGCUCCCCAGAGGAGAAGUCUCGCCUUAUGUUCCGAAUGUAUGACUUUGACGGGAACGGUCUCAUUUCCAAGGAUGAGUUCAUUAGGAUGCUAAGGUCCUUCAUUGAGAUCUCCAACAACUGCCUGACCAAGGCCCAGCUGGCUGAGGUGGUUGAGUCCAUGUUCCGGGAGUCAGGCUUCCAGGACAAGGAGGAGCUGACCUGGGAGGACUUCCACUUCAUGCUGCGGGACCACGACAGUGAUCUCCGAUUCACCCAGCUCUGUGUCAAAGGGGUGGAAGUGCCAGAAGUGAUCAAGAACCUCUGCCGGCGAGCCUCCUACAUCAGCCAGGAGAAGAUCUGCCCUUCACCCAGAAUGAGCGCCCACUGUGCCCGAAACAACAUGAAGACUGCGUCAUCGCCACAGAGACUGCAGUGCCCCAUGGACACAGACCCUCCUCAAGAGAUUCGACGGAGGUUUGGCAAAAAGGUAACUUCAUUCCAGCCCUUACUGUUCACUGAGGCACACCGCGAGAAGUUUCAACGCAGCCGCCGCCACCAAACGGUGCAGCAGUUCAAGCGCUUUAUUGAGAAUUACAGGCGCCACAUUGGCUGUGUGGCUGUGUUCUACACCAUCACUGGGGCGCUCUUCCUGGAGAGAGCCUACUACUAUGCGUUUGCGGCACACCACAGCGGCAUCACCGAUACCACCCGUGUAGGCAUCAUCCUGUCCCGGGGCACGGCGGCCAGCAUUUCCUUCAUGUUCUCCUACAUCCUGCUCACCAUGUGCCGCAACCUCAUCACCUUCUUGCGGGAGACCUUCCUCAACCGCUACAUUCCCUUCGAUGCAGCUGUGGACUUCCAUCGCCUCAUCGCCUCCACAGCCAUCGUCCUCACAGUCUUACACAGUGCUGGCCACGUAGUGAAUGUGUACCUGUUCUCCAUCAGUCCGCUCAGUGUCCUCUCUUGCCUCUUCCCUGGCCUCUUCCAUGACAAUGGGUCAGAGUUCCCUCAAAAGUAUUACUGGUGGUUCUUCCAGACUGUGCCAGGUCUCACUGGGGUCCUCUUGCUCCUGGCCCUGGCCAUCAUGUACGUCUUCGCCUCCCACCACUUCCGCCGCCGCAGUUUCCGGGGUUUCUGGCUGACCCACCACCUCUACAUUUUUCUCUACAUUCUGCUCAUCAUACAUGGCAGCUUUGCUCUGAUCCAGAUGCCCCGGUUCCACAUCUUCUUCCUGGUCCCUGCAAUUAUUUAUGUGGGGGACAAGCUGGUGAGCCUGAGCCGGAAGAAGGUAGAGAUCAGCGUGGUGAAGGCCGAGCUGCUGCCAUCAGGAGUGACCCAUCUGCGGUUCCAGAGACCCCAGGGCUUUGAGUAUAAGUCAGGGCAGUGGGUUCGGAUUGCAUGCCUGGCUCUGGGAACCACCGAGUAUCACCCUUUCACACUGACUUCUGCACCCCAUGAGGACACCCUCAGUCUGCACAUCCGGGCAGCUGGACCCUGGACCACUCGCCUCAGGGAGAUCUACUCACCCCCAACGGGUGACACCUGUGCCAAAUACCCAAAGCUGUACCUCGAUGGACCGUUUGGAGAGGGCCACCAGGAGUGGCAUAAGUUUGAGGUGUCAGUGCUGGUAGGAGGGGGCAUUGGAGUCACCCCCUUUGCCUCCAUCCUCAAGGACCUGGUUUUCAAGUCAUCAGUCAGCUGCCAAGUGUUCUGUAAGAAGAUCUACUUCAUCUGGGUGACAAGGACUCAGCGGCAGUUUGAGUGGCUGGCUGACAUCAUCCGGGAGGUGGAGGAGAAUGACCGCCAGGACCUGGUGUCUGUGCACAUCUACAUUACUCAGCUGGCUGAGAAGUUCGACCUCAGGACCACCAUGCUGUACAUCUGUGAGCGGCACUUCCAGAAGGUGCUGAACAGGAGUUUGUUCACGGGCCUGCGUUCCAUCACCCACUUCGGCCGCCCUCCCUUUGAGCCCUUCUUCAACUCUCUGCAGGAAGUUCACCCCCAAGUCCGGAAGAUUGGAGUAUUUAGCUGUGGUCCUCCUGGCAUGACCAAGAAUGUGGAGAAGGCCUGUCAGCUCAUCAACAGGCAGGACAGGACACAUUUCUCUCACCAUUAUGAAAACUUCUAG